UGGUUAAUGCCACCGGUGACCUCCGACGCCCAGGGCAGUAGACCUCAGGAGGAAAAUAUAUCCUCUGUGUCCCAGGCUCCUCCGGAGGCAGGCACACUGGAAGGGCAGGACAAUGUGCGAGCUGUAUAGCAAACAGGACACCCUGGCCCUGCGGGGCAAGCACAUCGGGCCCUCUUGCAAGGUUUUCUUUGCUGCGGAUCCCAUCAAAAUAAUGCGAGCCCAGGGGCAGUACAUGUUUGACGAGAAAGGCGAAAGGUACUUGGACUGCAUCAACAAUGUGGCUCACGUGGGACACUGCCACCCAGAAGUGGUCAAAGCAGCGACGAAACAGAUGGAACUACUCAACACGAAUUCUCGCUUCCUCCACGACAACAUGGUGGAGUAUGCCAAGCGCCUUACAGCCACCCUGCCACAGACGCUCUCCGUUUGCUACUUUACAAAUUCGGGAUCCGAAGCCAAUGACUUAGCCUUACGCCUGGCACGGCAGUUCCGAGGCCACCAGGAUGUGAUCACUCUUGACCAUGCUUACCAUGGUCACCUGACAUCGUUAAUUGAGAUCAGUCCCUAUAAGUUUCAGAAGGGCAGAGAUGUCAAGAAGGAAUUUGUACAUGUGGCACCAACUCCAGAUACUUACAGAGGGAAAUACAGAGAGGACCACGAAGACGCAGCCACAGCCUAUGCAGACGAAGUGAAGAAAAUCAUUGAAGACGCUCAUAGCAAAGGAAGGAAGAUUGCCGCCUUUAUUGCUGAAUCCAUGCAGAGUUGCGGUGGACAAAUUAUUCCUCCAGCUGGCUACUUCCAGAAAGUGGCUGAACAUGUUCGCAGGGCAGGGGGCGUGUUUAUCGCUGAUGAAGUUCAAGUAGGCUUUGGCAGAGCUGGGAGGCAUUUCUGGAGCUUCCAAAUGCACGGCGAAGACUUCAUUCCAGACAUCGUCACCAUGGGGAAACCUAUGGGCAACGGUCACCCCAUGGCCUGUGUGGUGACAACCAAAGAAAUUGCAGAAACCUUCAGCAGCACUGGCGUAGAGUAUUUCAAUACAUAUGGAGGAAAUCCAGUGUCUUGUGCUGUUGGGCUGGCUGUGCUGGAUGUAAUUGAGAAUGAAAACCUUCAGGGAAAUGCUGUCAGAGUGGGGAAUUGCCUCACUGAGCUACUGAAGGCACAGAAAGCUAAGCACCCUUUGAUAGGGGAUAUCAGGGGUGUUGGCCUUUUUAUCGGCAUUGAUUUGGUGAAAGACCAUGAGAAAAGGACGCCUGCAACAGCCGAAGCCCAACACGUCAUCUAUAAGAUGAAGGAAAAAGGGGUGCUUCUCAGUGCCGAUGGCCCCCACAGGAAUGUGCUCAAAAUCAAGCCACCCAUGUGCUUCACAGAAGAAGAUGCCAAGUUCAUGGUGGACCACCUUGAUGGCAUCCUAACAGUUUUAGAAGAAGUUACAGAAACCAAGAGUGACGGGGUGAUCUCUGAGAAUACGGUUUGCAGAACAAAGGAAGUCCACAUGGAACAGCCCAACCAUGGCGCCACCGAGUCCAGGGAAAACCACAGCAGAAAAAGAAAUGGUGUAUGCUCAGAUCAGCGCACGCUGCUCAGCAAAAGACUCAAGAGGUGAAGGAUGAGCAUUAAACGGCAGAUAAACAUCCAUGGAUAAAGAGAGCGAGUGGAUGCAUCCCACCUCUUAGUCAUCCUGUAAUUAAAGUAUUUUAAUCAUGAGAAAUACUCUAAAUUGGUUAAUAUAUAAAAUAUAUGGACUUUAAUAAAAAUAAAAGAUGAUAUAAACAAA